UCAUAACCAUUCUUCUUUCUCUCACUUAAAUUUUUAUUUUUUUCUCUCUUUAAAUUUUCUCCACAACCUCUCGUUUCAAAGUCUUACUUAUCAAACCACAAAAAAGCCAAUUAUCACUCCCUCACCGCCUUUCUCUCCCCUUAUUUCCCUUUUCAUUUCUUUCGUUUUUCUUUUCCUUUCAAAUCUUUUUCUCUUCUUUCGUUGAUUUCAUUCCCCUUUCAAAACCCUCGCUACGCGGAUUCCUUUGCUCUCCUCUUCCUUUCUCUCUUUCUCUUCCUUUUCUCUUUCUUUCUUUCUUCCCAAACACCCAUUCUUUCUCUGGAGAAAAAUAAUAAUAAUAUUAAAAAUGAAAGCUAGGGUUUGCGAGCUUUGUUCUCGAGAAGCUUUUCUCUACUGUGCCUCAGACUCGGCCUUUCUUUGCUUUGAUUGCGAUGUUAGGGUUCACGGCGCUAACUUCCUCGUCGCUCGCCAUAUCCGACAAUCUAUAUGCUCCAAAUGCAAAGACCUUUCCGAGAACCUUGUCACCGGCGGCGACGUCGUUUUCCGGCAUCUCCUUCCGGUUUGCCGUGCUUGCUCGGCCGGUGAGGUUUCUGAUUCCUCGAUGAGUUCGGAAUCUUCCGCCUGUAUCUCCACCACCGAAUCGUUUAUCUGUUCCGCGAAGAAGGUCGGCGGUUUCGAUCGUCGUCGGCGCCGAAGUAAGUUGGAGGAGAGGAUCGCUUCGUCUAGCUCCGUCACGGAUAUUUCCGGCGAAGUUUCGAAUACGCCGUCGAGAUUCUCUGGCGAGGUUACGUCGGCGAAUAUCCCUGUUCAGAAUAAUAAGGUGGUGAAGAGCGAGAAGUGGACCAUCAAACCGCGGACUCAGACAACCAGCGUGGAUGCGAAAGGGGAGGGCAUUUUCGCAAAUUGGUGUACAAGAAUGGGGCUGAAUUGUAAUUUCAUGGUCGUGUCGUUGGCGUCCAAGGCGUUGCGAUUCUGUUUGGGAAGGACAGGGGUUUUGUUGCCUUCAAAAGUAAUGCUCGCGGCGUCGUUUUGGCUGGGGUUGAAAUUCUAUGGGAACAGAUCGAUGUCUACGUGUCAGAGUCUGAGACGUCUGGAAGAGGUAUCUGGAGUACCAGCUAAGCUGAUCUUGACCGUUGGGAUGAAGAUAGCUCGUGAUCUGAGGGCCAGAAAAGGCCGGCGUGACUUGGAGGAAGGCUCGGCCGAGUGCUCUGUGUAAAAAAGGGGGAAAAAACAAAAGAAAAAAAAAAAUGUAGAGUGAAAUCCAUACAUAUUGUGUAACAUGUCAAAGGACAUCCAUUUAGGAUUAACUGAGAAUAUUGUAAUUUUGCUGGGAAAAUUAUUAAAAAAAAAAAAAAAGAACUUUUAUUUUA